AUGAUCAAACUUACCGAUAAUAACGACGAAUUACCUUACGACAAUUUGUCGUAUUCGUCAAAUUGUCGUAGAAUAACGUACGACAAUAUAGGUAAUUUGUCGUUUUUCUCGGACGCGCCAUGUACGCCCAACAGCCAGGACCAAUGGGCAAUAUGGAACCUUGCAACAAAAGGUUCUUUUCAGAAACAAGAAGACGGUACAGAUGGUUAUUGGUGCCUCAACAAGGUGGAAGGUUCUAGGUCAAGAGCCUUCAACGAAUACGAUUUCCAUUCGAAACUGAUCAGCUACUUCAUAGGCGUAAUGAUGGGAAUUUAUAUGAGGCACGAAAAGAAUAAAAAAGUUGUCAUCAGUAAAACUCUCAACCUUUGUCUAUGGUCUCUGGCGCUAGCCACCAUGCUAGGAGUAAUUAUCUACAGACAACAAGUCCAAAUAGCAAACGACUACGUAGGCAAAUCCUUGUGCUACAGUGUCACUAGACCAAUGUGGUGCCUGGCACUUAGUUGGAUAACAUACGCAUGCUCAACCGGCCACGGCGGUAUAGUCAACUGGUUUCUCUCCUGCCCUUUCAUGCAACUAGGAGGCAAAUUGACUUACUGUAUUUACAUUGUACAUGGAAUGGCGAUUGCGCAUUAUGCUUUUGGUCAAGCGAAUAAGUUGUACUUUUCUGAUUGGAUUGUGUUCUAUGAGAAUUGUGGGCACUUUAUUGUGUCGAUGCUGAUUGCUACCGUGUGGACUUUAGCCUUCGAGUCGCCGAUGAUUACUAUUGAGAGGCUGAUUUUUGAUAACCCUCUCAACCAUCACCUAAUUAAUCUUAAGUGUUUCCAAUUGUUAUUAUCUCGACUUAGUUGUAUAAUAAAGUUUUCAGUUUUUACAAUGAUUUUGAUUGUUUUAAGUUUGUUUUUCGGAAGAGUUACGGGACAAUUUGAGAAUGUUGCCCGAAAUGGUAUCGAUUUUAGGGAUGUUUGGAAGGAAUUUAGGUCAGGCAACGCUACAAUUGAUCCUGGAUGUGCCAGGCAAUUGCUUGAACUUCAGGAUAAUGAAGAUGUUUUAGUUAAAAAGCCAGUAAUAAUCAAAAUUUUGACUCUUGAUUCCCUCGAAACAAAUCACUCAGACUCAUGUGCUGGUAACAAAUCAAAAUUCUUCACUCUAGUGGCAGAUUCCUGGUCGAAAUUCCCAUACACCGGCCUAGUCGAAGCAUCCCGAAACGAUUACGGACAGUACGACGAGUGCCUGGGAAUCAAAUUGAACACCGAAAUUGAAAUUUUGGGCAAACAUUGCACCUACGGCCUCAUAAUUCCUGAUCCAACUUACACAAACACAACCGAAAUGAUAAGCAAUGGCUGGAAGUUGUCCUAUUGCGUGCCGCAACUGUGCACUUCCAAAGAUUUACAAGCCAUUACAAAUUUGUCUUUGUUUAACGAUUUGAUUUGUACUACAAAUGAAUCAAGUGGUUUUGAUUUUGGGACAAUAUUGACUAUAUUCCUGUUUGUCUUGGUUGUUUGGCUGAUAAUUGCCUCAACCAUUUACGAUUUGCUUCAACCAACAGUUAAUAUUUAUAAGGCGUUUUCGUUAAGGGCCAAUUGGAAAGUGCUUACGCAGUCACGGCCUAAUGAAAUUCUGUGUUUUCACGGAAUUAAGUUUAUAAGCAUGUGGUGGAUAAUUGCAGGUCACAAUGCUGUCGGUUUUGAGGUAUAUCCUGUGGUUAACAACAAUAAGGUAACAGAAUGGCAACAAAAAAUGUCUUCGGCUUAUAUAAUGACUGGUCAUUUGGCAGUGGACUCGUUUUUUUUCAUUUCGGGUUUCCUGCUCGGGUAUUUGUACUUUAAAAACCAGCUCAGCAAAAAAGGAGUAUUGGAUCAAAUCAGGGCGGUACCUUCAAUGAUACUUCACAGAUAUUUAAGGCUCACUCCUGCGGUUUUGAUGAUUUACCUCUUCUCUGUUUACAUAUUGAAAUACACAGGCGAUGGGCCUCUAUUUUCCUAUAGAGUCAAUGGGGCUCUGAACGAGCCUUGCAAAAACCAUUGGUGGGCAGUGUUCCUUUACAUCCAAAACUAUUACAUUUUUAAUUUAGGAGAGGAACUUUGUAUCACUCCUUUAUGGUACUUGUGCGCAGACACGCAACUCUUCCUUUUAGCUCCACUAAUCCUAAUUCCCAUUACAAUUUUGUAUAAAAACUCAUUUAAACAAACCAUGAUUGCACUACUAGGCUUGAAUAUUGUUUGUGUAUUGGUACCAAUAUUUACAAAACUAAACUGGAAAAACUAUGAUCCAAAUUUUAGUGAAUACGACACUCAAUCUAGACUUUCUGAUUAUUUCAUUGGUGUAACAAUGGGCCUUUACAUGCAACAUCAAAAAAACAGGCAAUUCAAACUAAACAAGAUUCUGAACAGCAUAAUUUGGAUUGUAGUGAUUCUAUGUAUGUUGGGAGUAAUACUGGUAACCCAAAAUAUCAACCUAAACUAUGGAUAUUUGGCCAAAACCUUAUGCUACAGCCUCACUAGGCCGAUUUGGUCCUUGGGACUUUGCUGGAUCACUUUCGCUUGCGCCACUGGACAAGGAGGAUUUAUCAAUUGGGUACUUUCAAAUGGCUUUAUGCAACUGGGAGGCAAAUUGUCUUAUUGUGUGUACCUAGUUCACGGGCCUAUAAUCGAACAUUGGGCUUUGACCGAUAAAGUUAGAAGACAUUUUUCGGAUUUUGAUAUGUUUCACGAUUGGUGCGGGCACUUUGUGUUGUCAAUGCUGGUGGCUACGUUUUGGACGUUGGCUUUCGAGCUGCCCAUGAUUACCAUUGUUAAAUUUGUACUUCGAGUUGGAAAUAAAUGAGCUGUGAAAAAUUUA